UGUCUAUUACUUUCUAAGAAGACAGUAUUCCUAUUCCCUGGCAGUGUAAUAGAAACAGCAAUAGAAAUGCCCUGUAAGACAUCAUAAUGGCUCCUAAAUAUGCUCCGAGUCUUCGGCGACUGCUGCCUGUCCUGGCGAUAUGUUUGGAAAUAGCGUUCAUACUUAUUUUCAUUUUUUUUGUUCAAUACGAUGAUUCUUAUAUCCAGGAUGAAACCCAAUCGAAAAAACGAAAAACUGUUACAACCGUCUAUGCAGACUUCCAAGAUGUCCACGUGAUGGUGUUCCUGGGAUUUGGCUUCCUCAUGAGCUUCCUGAGGAGAUAUGGCUUCAGCAGCACCGGGUUUAACCUGCUUGUGGCUGCCUUGGGAGUGCAGUGGGCCACACUAGUGAACGGCUUCAUGUUUGAAUUCAGCGAUGGGAAAAUCAGGAUAAACAUGAUGAGUUUGGUGACUGCGAAUCUCUGUGCCGCCUCAGCACUCAUCUCAAUGGGAGCCGUGCUGGGAAAGACCAACCCGGUUCAGCUCCUCCUCAUGACUCUCCUGGAAGUUACCAGCUUCAUUUUCAACCACUGGUUACUCACCACGUUCAUUAAGAUGGACUGUGUUCCCAGCAUUAUGCAUCACCACGUCUUUGGGGCUUACUUCGGCCUAAUGGUGUCCUGGGCCUUACAUCGGCCUGGACUGAGACAGAGGCACGAGAAAGAAAAGUCUUCAACUGACAUGGGGAAAUUCUCAAUGCUAGGUACAAUCUUCUUAUGGAUGUUUUGGCCGAGUUACAACUCCGUGCUCAUCGAAGGGAAAGCUGAGAAGAUGAAUGCUGUGUACAGCACUUACUUUUCACUGGCUGCGAGUGCAGUCACUGUAUUUGCCUUUUCAGUGCUGAUCAGCAAAAAAGGAAAAAUGAACAUGGUUUAUAUCCACAAUGCCACUCUGGCUGGGGGUGUUGCUGUUGGAGCAGCAGCCACAGUGAUCCCAUCUCCAUGGAUUGCAUUGACCAUCGGCUUGACUGCAGGAUUGAUCUGCAUCUUGGGAUGCUGGUUUAUGAAGCCAUUCCUUGAAUUAGCGUUUGAUAUCCAUGAUACCUGUGGUGUCCACUACGUGCACGGUGUACCUGGGAUCCUAGGAGUGCUGAUUCGAAUCGUCAUAGAGCUGGCCACAGCGUCCAACCUCCAAGUAGCUUGGAGCGAGGCAGCUUUUUACUUGCUUGCUCUUUACAUCACCUUGGCACUGAGUCUUGUAUUGGGACUAGUUACAGGAUUUCUUUUAAAAUUGAACAUAUGGAAGCCAGAUCAGAAAUACUUUGAUGAUCAAGCGUUCUGGGAGAUAACAACAAUUCCCUCCCCCCCCCCCAACACACAGUUCCCUCAUCUAGCCGUGAAACUUUAACAAGGAUGCAUGUGACCCCCCCAUCACGUAUUCAACAGACUGGAAUGAAAUGAAAGACCUGGCCACGGGAAACUGUGUAUUUGUAUAAGAUACACUGCUGUCGAUUUUGGCUUUGUACGAACUUAUGCCUCUUCUUCAUAAAGUGUGUUGAUUGUUCUAUGUGUGUGACAUUUUCAGUUGAUCUUAUCAAUAGCCAAUCAGAAAACAGCCUGUAGAUUAUUUAUGUAAGGCUCUAACAGUGCGUGAGAGUCUCUAUAGUAUAUUUUACAGUUUAUAGUAUACUGUUAAUGUACAAUACAUGUACAGAGAGAGAGAGAGAGAGAGAGAGAGAGAGAGAGAGAGAGAGAGAGAGAGAGAGAGAGAGAGAGAGAGAGAGAGAGAGAGAGAGAGAGAGAUGACGUGUGGCUCUGGAAAUGCCUUAUCGAUUUGUUUUGGUGUGACAUUACCAUUUAUUCAUAGAAAUCAGUCAUUGCAGAUCAAACAAUGCUCAACAGGUACGUAUUGGAAACGCAUUAGUCUAAAAGUAGUUCAAUUCAACACCCCGACAAACCUGUGUUAGACCUUCUCAUCACUGUGCAACUACAACGAACACAUCUCUAGACAGAACUCUCCCUAAUCCCCACCAGCUGGGACCGGACCCUGUUCUUAGUUUAAUUGUUUGGAUAUCUGAUUAUAAUCUGUAUCAUACUAAAAAAUGUCUAGUCUGUUUAACAUUUCAUUAAAAACUCAUUACAACCUUUUCAUUAAAAAUACAGAGACCGUUUUAAAUAGUGUCCUUACAUUCGGAUAGUGACGUGUGGUUUGUACAGCUGCUAUCUGCAUGCAUUUCAUUGUGAUUGCAUGGUUCGGUCUACAGGUCAAUUCAGAUGAUUGGAUUUGGGGUUAGUGAGUCUACAAUACUGCUUGUUGAAUUAUAUACAAACAUAAUAUGAAACAUUCCUGUUUUUAUAUCCAAAAUUCAAAUGUCUCAUGUUUUCCGUCUUUGAUCUACAUAUUAAUAAAAACAUAAGCCAAG